UGCGCCAUCUUGAUUCUAACAGAGUGAAUGUACAGCACUUGUUUUGAAAUUUCUCAGGCGAUUUCUCAUGAGUGCUAUUUAAUAAAUAUUCUCAUUUUUUACUUCAGUUUGAACCGAUAUGCGAUUGAUUUUUUUAUCAGCUUUUAUGUUGCAUGCUUACAAUUCUCGUUCCUUAGUUCAAGUCUUUUCCUCUGUGACAGUUUCCUAGUGAAAUUAUUCAUUUGACGUGAUAUCCUGUGAUUAGUUUCCACUGAGGUUCACACUGUUAAAACCAUUUGAUCUAUUCCUUAAUCUUAUGCAUAUUUUGUCUCGCUUUCUCAUCUUAUUUUCCUUAUUUGUCUUUCUAUCUUGAACACAUUUUCAUCUUCUGGUGUGGCUGUUACCAUUUUGGUCUGCUGUCUCAUUGCCUUCAUGGAUUCCACAGAAGGUAAAGAAUUUGUUGCUCGUUUUUUAAAUCUUUUGGAAACUAACAAGAAUGGAGUUAGUGAGAAAACUUUACAGUCCGUAUCAGAUUCUGUUAGUACCAAAAUAAGAGCUGAAUGUACCAAUAAGCUAUUGGCUGGUGGCAAAAUUGAACUUUUGAAAAAAGGAGGACAACUAAUUUACAAGUUGAAAAAUGAAGAUCAACGACUCGAAACUGAUGAAGAAACUGUGAUUUAUAAUAUAAUUGAAGAGGCUGGUAAUAUUGGAAUAUGGAUGCGAGACAUAAGAUUAAAGUCCAAAAUACCACAAAUACAAUUAUCCAAACUUUGUAAAUCCAUGGAAAGCAAGAAACUGAUCAAAUCAGUAAAGUCCAUCGCAGCUAAUAAGAAAAAGGUUUAUAUGCUUUAUAAUGUGCAACCUGAUGAUUCAGUUACAGGUGGUACUUGGUACUCCAACAAUGAUUUCGAGUCUGAAUUCGUUGAAAUUUUGAAUUCACAAUGUUUUAAAUAUUUGUUAAGAAAGGCUGAAAUCGCUCGGAGUUACUCAAGCCCGAUAGAAAGAAAAAAAUCUUCUUUCGUAAGUUCAUACGAAGUUCUUGACUAUAUUAACGAAACGGGCAUAAGCCGGGUCACGUUAUCAAAAAAAGACAUCGAAGCAAUUCUCGAAACACUCGUAUUUGACGGAAAAGUUGAAAGAACUGUUUCAAAUGAUUCUAGUUCAAGUGAUACAUCUGAUAAAAUGUAUCGAGCAAUUAACAGAACCACAACUACAACCAGUUUAAUGAGAAUGCCUUGUGGUGUAUGUCCAGUUGCUAAAGAUUGCCAUCUAGAUGGGGUCAUUUCACCCAUAAAAUGUAUUUAUUUCAAUGAUUUUUUUGAAAUAUGAUUUUUAUAAUAAAUUCUUAGACUGUGAUUAA